UUACGCCAUUUGCAAACGGAAUGGCAGCCGUGGCGAGGUGCCCGAUGUAUCACUGAAAUAUUCACGAAUCUACUUGUGUUCGGGAGUUUUAGGUGUUUAAAUUGAAGUAAAGGUUUGCAAGAUGGAGGACUACUACACUAUCCAGACACCAGGUCACCACAGCACUAUGUUUGCAGAGCUACAUGUGUUGCAGAAACAAGGUGUCAUGUGUGACGUCAUUCUGGCAGCUGAAGAUGGGGAGGUCAUGGCACAUAAGGUUGUGUUGAUGGCUGCCAGCAAGUAUUUCAGGGAUAAGUUAUCCCCAGUGAUGGGUCCAACAGCUUCCAAAAUCUGUCUGAAAGGUAUCUCUGUUGUGGAGUUAGCAAACCUUGUCAAGUAUAUAUACACUGGUAAACUGUUGGUUGCUAAGGAAACCAUGGAUAUCACUUUAGAGAUUUCAGAAAUUCUUGAGUUGCAAGGAGUGAUACAAGGUUAUAAAGAGAUAAUAUCCUAUGAGCAAAUGAAAGAUAACCCAGGAAAUGCUGCAGCUUUAAAAUCCGAACCCCUCUCUCUUCCUGCUGCAGUUCCACCAGGCAUAAGCAGUAAAAGCUUUGGUGAAACUUCAGCAAUACAGAGCACAAAUGUACAUUUACCAAAGACUUCUGAUCAAGCCACUAUUGGUCAAGGACAGCCUGCUGUGAGUAAUGUUCUCAAAAUUUCUUCAACCUAUUCAGGUACUCAGUCUGUUGCUUCUGAUGGAACUACAGUCACCUCGACAAGUAUGGUGCCAGAACCAGACUCAAAUCAGAGUUCUAAGGUUGUAGUAACUGAACAAUGCGAAGAUGGCACCUCUGUUACAUACCACCUAGACAACAAUGGAGAUGCAGCUGAUGUUAAUAUCUCACAGUCUACUUCUAACGACUUUAACUUUGACGCCCUAUAUGACCAGCAGUAUAUGGAUGUUUCUGCUGGGUCCAGAACUCCGGCAAAGAAUCCUGGAGUGAACAGCCCACAGAACAAUGUCACACCUCCAAAGCUUCAGCAGAUGGCCCCUCUUCCAACAGAUAGUCAAAAGAUAGCAGAAGAAAGAGCUCAACAUCAAGAUUUACUUGCAGUUGCCAUAGAAACACUUUCAGAUGUACCACACUUGAAGCAUCAUCCUCAUCAGACCCAGCCAGAAAUUGACAGGGCCAUCUCAAGUAUUUCAGGGAGUGAGCCAACACAGAUUAUUCCACAAAAUAUGACUGGACUAAAGCCUGAAGAUGAUUUAGAAGAUUUUGAAAAUGGUAAAACUAAUACAAAAACUGUUACAAUGAGUGCAGGGUCUGUCAACAAUGAACUAGGUGGAAAGACCGAUGUGUAUACUGUAGCUCUUGAUCCAGCAUCAGUUAAAACACCUCUUAAGAUGGCCAGACCAAAGAGAACAAAAACAGCAAAAGAAAAGGAAGCUGAAGAAAAAGCAAAGAAGUAUAGACAGAAGAAAGCUGAAUUAAUAGCUGGUGUUACUAAGGAUCUUAAGUUGGGUUCAGUUAAUUAUAUAGAACCUCGACGGGGAAAACGGCAAAAGACCUCGGCAUUAAAGCAGGAUUUUCAGUAUGAGAGCCUCUCUAAAACUAAAAAGAAGAAUUUCAGUCCGAGGAUCUUACUUAUUCCAAAAAAUUCUGAAAACGAUCAUAUAUCAGGUAUAGAUAAGAAGGAUGAGGCAUAUGGUGAAAAUACAAAGGUAACACCAAAAGUAGUUAAAGUUCCAAAAGAAGAGAAAGUAGGUACAUCAGGUGAUGAUUUUGGGCAGGUUGUUAACUUUGAUAGUGAAAGUGAAGAUGAGGAUGAUGUUGAUGGAAUGAUUGUUAAUGACAUGGUAUCUGCUUUUAAUGAUGGUGAAUGUGAAAGUAAAGAAACCAAAAAUUGGAAAGGAAAUGUUGAUAAGACUAAAGCAGAUACGUCCAAAGUUGAUCUUUCUGAGCCUAAACAAAGUCGGAUAGAAAAAGAUAAAGUGAAUACUGAAAAAGGAAAAGAGCUAGAAACAAGUAACAAGAAAGAAAUAGAACUGAGUGACAAAGAAGAGAACAAUAAAAAAGAAAGGAAUUUAAAAACUAAGAGUAUCAAUAAUGUAUCUGAUGUUGAAAAGAAUAUGGGCAUAAAAGAAGAUGAAGAGAAGGCUAAUCAAGUACCAAAUGAAAAUGAAGAAGCAGAAAGAAUAUUAUCAGACAAAAAGAAUGAGAGAGAAGAAUUUGCUGAAGAUGUUAACGAUGAAAAGGAGCUGCUAGAUGACUUGCAUGUCCAGAAUAUUGAUGAGGCAACAGCAGAGAAGAUGAGGUCAAGUGCAACCAAAAGGAAAACCAGAACACCCAGAAAAUUACCUUUAUCAGAUGAAGAGAAAGGGAAUGAUAGUGGCUCGGACAGACAUGAUAAUAUACCAGUGGUAAGAACUAGAAGAAGCAGUAGGAGUUUAAAUCUUGAUAAGGAGAAGGAACAAAAAACUGUUAAAACUGAUACAGAAAAGAAUGUUGGCAGUGAGGCUAAAAAUAAGAAGAGGUCUAAAACUAAUCUUGAUGAAGCAGAUAUUAAAUGCAAUGAUAAAGAUUUACCUAAAACAGGCAGUAGCUGUAUGAGGUCUGAGAAGGAAAAGGAAAAUAAAUCUGAUAAAACUGAAACUUGUUCAGAAAGGGACUUCAGUGAUGAUAAUGUAGCUACAAAUAAGAAGAAACCAACAUCUGACUUUGAUGGAGUGAACAUUGAUUGUAGGGAUAAAGAUGUAUCUAAACCAACAGAGAUCAAAAUAAUAGCCCAGUGUAAAGUUGAUGAGAAAGCGCUUGGUGAAGCUGAAAAACAAAUUCAUGAUAGUGAAUCGAAGAAAAUAAUCAUUGUCCCAAAGAAUUACCAACCUGAAAUCAGACUGAAAAAGCGAACAACUGAAGAAAUGCUACAGCUAGCCAAGGAAAUACCAGUUAGCCAGGGUAAGGUUCCAUCAGAGAUAGAACUUGAAAUGGAGGCUUAUGAAACUGGAGAAGGUGAUGAUGAUGAUGAUUAUGGUGACAUCUCUGCAGAUGAUGGAAAUAAAGAUCCUGUUGAAAAUGCAAAUGGUGAAAACAAAAAUAAAGAAAAGAAAACCAUUGAAGUUGCUGGCAAAAGAAAGAACGAAGAGUCGGUAAAGUCACCUGCAGGAAAGAAAAGAAAAAUUGCCUCCAAAGUUAGUAGUAGCAGUCAAAUUAAUGAAAGUGGUGAAGAUCACUCUGAAAAUGAAACUUUAGAUGACAGCCCUGCCACCAACAGUAUAGGAAAAAGAAAUAUAUUUGACAUAAUGAAGGACAAAGACAAAAGUCCAACAAAGACGGUAGGUCCCGGUAAAAGUGCUGGAAGUUCAAACAGAAAAACUGGUUCAAGCAGUAUUCUGGAAACUGAGAGGAAAGGAACAGAGAAAAAUAUAGAGAUAGACAAAAAGAAAGGUGGAAAAGCUAUUAGUGAGAAAGAAAAAGGAGCCAACAGUAAACCAGAUGAUGAAACAAAUGAAAAGGGAGACAGUAGUAAAACAGAUUAUAUAGUAAAGGCUGAAAAAGAGAAGGAAGGCAUCAGCGAAACAAGUAUUGGAGUGAAAGCUAUAAAAAGAAAGAGUGGAGCCUGCGGGGUAAAAGCUUCAAAAGAGAAAGGGGAUAGUGGUAAAACUGAUGUUAAAGUAAAAUCUGUGAAAGGAAAAGAGAAGGGAAACAGUGCUAAAUCUGUUGUUGGAGAAGCUUUUGAAAUGAGAGAGGAGGCAACCAGUACUGAAUAUGCAGCUGAGGAUGAGGAAUCCGAUUGGACAGAUGAUGAAACUGAAGAACUUGGGGAUUCUAUGGUAUACGUUUGUUCAGAGGAUAACUGCCUAUUUUCAUCAAAGAGUUUAAACAGUCUGCGCCGACACCAGUCCAUGUUCCAUGACUUUCCAAUUACUGAUGCUGUGGAGCAAACAGAAUCAAGUCUUGAUGGGGAAACAUCAGCCCAAUCAGGUACUGAAGCUACUCCAUAUUGUUUUGACUGUGGGAAAACUUUCAAGACAACUAAGAUUAUGAAAAAACAUGUGGAAUACACGCACUCAGACAAGAAAAAGCUGAACUGUGGACAUUGUGACUUUGAAACACCAUUUAAGUCAAGCAUGACCACCCAUUUAAAGCUCAAACACUCUCUGAAGAAGGCAAUGUUUAUGUGCAAGUACUGCUCGUAUGGGACACCACUUACUGGAAAUCUACGAAAGCACCUGUAUAGUUCACAUGGAUUAAUCAUUAUAACAAAGCAACAUCGAAAGUCCCCAGAAUAUGAACAGUUUGAGGAGGGUACAAUAGUAACUAAAGAUGGUCAGAUCUUCGACCCUGAAACAAUGGAGUUACCAAAGGCCCCUAAAAAGAAAUCUGUAAAGGUUAAACAGGAAAUUGAUGAUAAUGACACCCCAGAAGGCAACAUUAACACAGAAGGUAAAAAACGAGCAAGAAUAUCUUUGUGCAAACUUCCAGUGGAUGAUUUUCUUAAAGAAAUGAUGAAAAGACAUGAGCAAUAUCUGAACAAGCCCGAGCCGAAAUAUUCUUUUAUGAGUUUUAGUCUUGCCAAGGCAACAGAAUAUCCUUCGUUCCCGCAAGCAUCUCCCCAGGUUAGAAAUACAAGAGCAAACAAAAUUUAUAACAUGAAAAAAUUAAAACCAACUUUUACAGACCAACAUGCUGAGCAAAAUGCUGGUACCUACGGUAUUGGGAAUCUCCAUGGGAUGUAUCAAGCUGGGGCAAGUGUUCCCCAGGUUGCUAGUGAAGUUGAAGUAGAACUUGACAACCAGCCAGAGGUUGUGGUAGAAAAUGUUGAAGGUGAUGCAUCUACCACUGUUCUUACUAUAAGCGAACAGAAAGGCAUGGAUGGGUCUGAAAUGAUCAUUAUCAAUCAGAAUGGAAAACAGACUGUGGUUAGGUCAAAAGAUUUUUAUGAUACACUUAAAGCCACAGGUCACGAUACCAAUCAAACGCUUGGAGUUAUAUCGGCACUUUUGCAAGCUGGAGAACAGAUUGAGAUCAGAGAACAAGAAGAAGUUGUUGAAAUACAGAAUAUCUGAAGCACCUUUCUUACAGAAAAAGUAAACUAGGAACUCAAAGAAAAAUAUUUAUAGUAAGAAAACAUCAAGACUUUUGAGUUACAGAGUAACAAUAUGUCUAUAAUAAUUUGCAACAAUUGUAAUCAAAGUUAUCGGUUUAAAUCUACAUAUAGCUGGCAUUAAUAAUGUUAGUGUUUUAUAAAUACCUGUACAUUUAUGUCAUAUUUUAACACUGCUGUUGAUAGAUAGAUGUUAAGGUACAAAUUUAGAAAGUAUUAGCUGAUUUCUAGAUAUAAAAGCAUUGAUUUGUCAUUUCAGUGUUAGGUUACAUUUACCCCAUACUUUAUGAUUUUAAUCCUAAAUUAUGAAAAACAAAAAUGUUUACAAUAAUUGCCAAGUAGCUUUUGACUAUAUCUGGUAUGAAAGUAGGAUAAAAGGGGUUAUUACUGUCAUCGUACGAGUAUAGGUUGUACCUUUUUUACCGAGAUUCUGGUCAGGAAGGACCAAUGUGACCUAUACAUUUUUUCCCUGACUUAAAAAAUUAAGAUCUUUGUUUACGCCACAUACCUUUACAUUGAAGAGUAACUACCUAUGAUUCGGGCAUAGGUAAAAAACGGUAUCGGGACCCAGCGAAUUUUGUAUAAAAUGUUAAAUGAAGAGCUCCUGCAAAAGCUUUAAAGAAAUGCUGUUUUUCAUUAAAAUAUUUUUUACAACGCUUUUCUAUAACUCCUUAUUAAGUUUUUAGCAAAACCUGCGUAAAACUUUCCCAAGUUGGUGUUUUCACACAUUUUGCAUGUACACCGAACCAACCGUAAUUACAAGUUGCCACAACACAAGUCGAUAAUUGGGAGAUGUUUAAGGUGAUGAGAUCGAAAAGGUGUUUAUAAGUUUGAGAUAGUUUUGACAUAACUUUAAAUGUCAAUUUAGUAGUAUCUCACCUCGUGAUUUAAACAUGUCGUUUUCACAAUUUUGGUAAAAUUACAGGUGCCGCAACAAUGGCUGACCAAUGCCGGGAAAAUCGCAUUUCCCUGCAAAUUUACAUGUUUACUGCUUCUUAUACACGAAUGCUACCUUUACUUGUACGAUGACAGUAUUCGGUCAACAAUUUGGUGGAAAUCGGAUCUUUUAGGAGUAAAGAAGUUAAGUAAAUCUCGGAAGAAAGAAGUGCAUUCAAAUCAAAUGAUCUAUGAAAGUCUGUAAAAAGUCAUUUUAUUACAGUUCAUAUUUCGAAAAAAUAGCUAACAAGUCUUAAGAAAACCAUAGGGAACUAUAUUACAGUAGAAAUACCAGUUUUAUUGCUAGUUUUAGCAACAAUUUGUUUACAAAACUUACACAUGUUGCACAGUAAAACCUAGAGUCAAAGACGUAACGGAGUUGCUGAUUGGCUUAAUACAAUCUGAUGUAACAGAUCAUUUGAUUUGCCAAGCACCUAAAGUAGGUGGAGUUUUAAGUAAGCCAUUGGUAUGUAAGUGGUGUGUAUUAAAGUUCUUUUGACAGGAUUGCAAAUUGUCAACAGCCUAUAAUCAUUAGUGAAUUUGGAUUUAAAAAAAAAAUCAGGCAACUUGUUUUAGCAUGAUGUUAGAUUUGAUCAAAGUUGUGAGUUCCAAAGCAACCAAUUCCCUCAGUUUACCACCUAGCUUGAGCUUCUUUUGAAUUCUGCAACAUUUCUCAUUAAACAGAUGGAAUACAAAACUUCGUCUUUGUCCUCAAAAAUCUAUAGUUUGUUAAUGGCUUUGAAAAGGGUUGUCCUGUUUAGUGUUAUCCUUUUAUAUUGUACACAAAAAGUAGAAGUUUUCAAAGGCUUUGUUAAUUUGUCGUAUUAUUAUUUUAGACUGAAAAAACGUUAUUCAAAACUAGUUAUCUUUCUUAAAAUGUCAAAUGCUGUAGCAGUUUUAUAAAGGGUACAUUGUUAUGCUGUAGAAAAUAUUGGUCAGUGUCUGAGUGAGAGUGUCAUUUCAAGUUGCUUCUGUUAAGUCUAUAGAGAGGUUGAUUUAGGUAUGGUAACGAGUAUAUUAAGGAUUUCAUUCUACGUUUUGAUAAGUAUCUAAGGUGACAACAUUAAGAACAUUGAAAUUUAAAACCAGUUUAGUUUAAUGGCACUUUAGUUUCAAUACGAAAUGCAAAAUGUGUAGGUUUAGAUUUAGCAAAAAGUUUAAUGAAUCUUUUUCUAGCAGUAGUUUAUUACUUAUUAUAGAGGUUAUUACCUUAAGGCGGUUCUGCACGUUCAGAUCAGAAACUUUUCUAAAAUAUAGAAUUUGAUUAAACCGUGAUUUUUCAAAACUUCAGAAUAUACUUAAUAAUAGUUAAUAUAGAAAAGAAAGAGUUGUGUGCUUGAUUUUUUUGCUAAACUGAUUUGAAAAUUAAGGAUCUCAAGCAAAAUUUCAUGAUGGGAGUCUGUGGGAAAAUCACAAUUUUGGUGGCACUUUUGCAAAUAGAAUUUUUUUCUACAAUGUAGAUUUUAAUGAAAUCUCUGUCAUAACUAAACAUAUUGACUAUAAUAUGAAGAGAUAGAAUAUAUAUGUCCAUGUGUUUGUUUUUGAGAUACUUGUUCUUAAUUAAGGAGAUCUGCAAGUUUCAAGCUGAUUUUAUGACAUAAUUUGGAUUUGUUUGUUUGUUUUGGUUUUAACGCUGUUUUUCAACAGUAUUUUAGUUAUCUAAUGGAGGGCAGUAACCUAACCAGUGUUCCUGGAUUCUGUACCAGUACAAACCUGUUCUCCGCAAGUAACUGCCAACUUCCCAACAUGAAUCAGAGAUGGAGGACAAAUGAUUUCAGACAGGUCUGUUAUCAAAUCAUCACGGAGAACAUACGCCUCGCCCAGGGCUUGAACUUAUGACCCUGUGAUCCGUAGAUCUGUGCUCUCCCUACUGAGCUAAGCGGGCGGGCUUUACAUAAUUUGGUAAUUAUUUAAUGUGUCAAACUUUCCAUUAUCAGAUUUAAUCUUUAGAACAAUAAAAACAUUGCCAGUUUAAUAAAUUCAGUCACACAUUGCCAUUAAUUAAUAAAAUAAUUUUUGUGUCUGUAUGCCGGGUCCAAGCUUUAUUCUAUGUUAUCCAAAUUAAUAACAAUACUCCAUUACUUUCUGUGUAUCAAACAUGCAGAACUACCUUAAGGCUUGAAAUUUCAGUCAUUGCAUUAUUUUGCAAAAUGAAGAUUAGGUAUGGUAUAGACAUUGGUAAAGAAUUGGCACACUGUCACUGGUACAACAAGCAACUUCUGUAAUGAUCCAUUUGUUAUUUAUGUUAAGAUUUUUAACUAGCACUAAAUUAAAAUGGCUGUAUAUUUAUGCAAAAAAUAUGUACGUAGUUCUGUUUUCCAGUAAGAUAUGGAUUACAUUUGGUAACAUGCAAUACAUGAUGAGCAUUACAAAAGCUAGUGUAGAAUACAGAAUCACUGUCUUGUUGAUACAGAUUUUUUUUCUGAUUUUUUCUCUAUUUCUUGAUAACUUUAACCCUUAGCCUGCUAAAUUUCUAAAAUGGACUGGUCAGUCAUUCAAUUUGGGCCAUACCACUUAUUAUUCAAAGGGGUGUUCACUGAAAAUCUACUGACUGAAUAGCUAACAGUGCAGACCAUGAUCAGCCUGCAAGCUAAAGGUUAAUUUUAUGUGUAGGUAGCUUCAGUAUAAUAAUUGUAAAUAUUUACAGUCUGAAUUAUAUAUAUUGACUUCAGUUUUAUUCCAAUUUGUACAUUAUCUUCUGACUGGAAGUAUGUUAUUUCUGAGGUCACAACACUCGAUUGGCUGCACUUUUCUACUAGUAACACAUUAGCUAGACAUAGUACUAGAGAUCAGUCAAUGACACAAAUUAUAAUCCUUCCCUGUAUUAACCUGUACACCUAUAUGGCAAUAGUUAAUAGGAAGAACGAAGUAACUGUAUGGAUAAAAACUUAGUGAUAGGUCAUUUCAUUGUAAAUGCUGAAGAGUUUUUUCUUGUUAGAGUUUUUUUUGUGAUCGCGCGGUGUCCGUCGUCCGUCCGUGCGUGCGUCCGUCCGUAAACUUUUGCUUGUGACCACUCUAGAGGUCACAUUUUUCAUGGGAUCUUUAUGAAAGUUGGUCAGAAUGUUCAUCUUGAUGAUAUCUAGGUCAAGUUCGAAACUGGGUCACGUGCCUUCAAAAACUAGGUCAGUAGGUCUAAAAAUAGAAAAACCUUGUGACCUCUCUAGAGGCCAUAUAUUUCACAAGAUCUUCAUGAAAAUUGGUCAGAAUGUUCACCUUGAUGAUAUCUAGGUCAAGUUCGAAACUGGGUCACAUGCCUUCAAAAACUAGGUCAGUAGGUCAAAUAAUAGAAAAACCUUGUGACCUUUCUAGAGGCCAUAUUUUUCAUGGGAUCUGUAUGAAAAUCAGUCUGAAUGUUCAUCUUGAUGAUAUCUAGGUCAGUUUCGAAAGUGGGUCACGUGCCUUCAAAAACUAGGUCAGCAGGCCAAAUAAUAGAAAAACCUUGUGACCUCUCUAAAGGCCAUAUUUUUCAUUGGAUCUGUAUGAAAGUUGGUCUGAAUGUUCAUCUUGAUGAUAUCUAGGUCAGGUUUGAAACAGGGACAUGUACGGUCAAAAACUAGGUCAGUAGAUUUAAAAAUAGAAAAACCUUGUGACCUCUCUAGAGGCCAUACUUUUGAAUGGAUCUCCAUAAAAAUUGGUCAGAAUGUUCACCUUGAUGAUAUCUAGGUUAAGUUUGAAACUGGGUCACGUGCCUUAAAAAACUAGGUCAGUAGGUCAAAUAAUAAAAAAAAUCUUGUGACCUCUCUAGUGGCCAUACUUUUCAUGGGAUCUGUAUGAAAGUUGGUCUGAAUGUUCAUUUUGAUGAUAUCUAGGUCAGGUUUGAAAGUGGGUCAACUGCGGUCAAAAACUAGGUCAGUAGGUCUAAAAUUAUUAAAAUCUUUUGACCUCUCUAGAGGCCAUAUUUUUCAAUGGAUCUUCAUGAAAAUUGAUUUGAAUGUUCACCUUGAUGAUAUCUAGGUCAGUUUCGAAACUGGGUCACGUGCGGUCAAGAACUAGGCCAGUAGGUAUAAAAAUAGAAAAACCUUGUGACCUCUUUGGAGGCCAUAUUUUUCAUGAGAUCUUCAUGAAAAUUAGUGAGAAUGUUCACCUUGAUGAUAUCUAGGUAAAAUUCAAAACAGGGUCACCUUCGAAAACUAGGUCAAUAGGUCAAAUAAUAGAAAAACCUUGUUACCUCUCUAGAGACCAUAUUUUUCAAUGGAUUUUCUUGAAAAUUGGUCAGAAUGUAUAUCUUGAUAAUAUCUAGGUCAAGUUCAAAACUGGGUCACAUGAGCUCAAAAACUAGGUCACUAUGUCAAAUAAUAGAAAAAACGACGUCAUACUCAAAACUGGGUCAUGUGGGAAGAGGUGAGCGAUUCAGGACCAUCAUGGUCCUCUUGUUUUUAUAUACGAUGUGUGAUAUGGUAGAAAUAAUAUUAUAUCUAAAUUUCAUUUACCAGUCAUAAGUGAACUCCGUAUCAAAUGUGAUCUUUGACCAAAGCAUUCUCUAGUUAUUUGGCAAAACAAGUUCUACUGUUCUGGGUCAGUGUGACCUUGACCUACUGACCUCAACAUCAAUAGGGGCAAUCUGCUGGUCAUGAUCAACCUCCCUAUUAAGUUUCAUGAUCCUAGGCCCAAGCUUUCUCAAGUUAACGUCUGGAAACAGUUCAAUUGUUCUAGGUCAUUGUGACCUUGACCUUUGGCCUACUGACCUAAACAUCAAUAGGGGGUCAUCUGCUGGUCAUGACAAACCUCCCUAUCACCCUUCCUGAUCCUAGACCCAAGUGUUCUCAAGUUAUUGUCCAGAAACGGUUUAAUUGUUUCAGGUCACUGUGACCUUGACCUUUGACAUACUGACCUCAAAGUCAAUAGGGGUCAGGGGUCAUCUGCUGGUCAUGACAAACCUCCCUAUCAACUUCCAUGAUCCAAGCAAGUUAUCAUCCGGAGACCAACAUCUGCAAAACAAUAUACCCCCCUUUCUUCGGGGGGUUGGGGCAUAAUAAAAUAAGAUAAAAAUUGUAGAUUAAGUAAUUUCAAUUUUGGUAUGAAAUACAUGUACAUGGUUAUGUUGAACAUAUACCGAAACCCUUUCCUCGAAAUUAAAAUGUCCAUGUAUUUCAUACCAAGAUAGAAAUAACUAUUAAAAUCACAAUUCAUCAUUUAAAUACAACCAUAUAAUUAUUAUGAAGUGUAGAAGACAAAGAACUUGUACAAUAUUAUAAUAUUUUAGUGAAUCAUUAUAAAUAUUACAUUGUAGAAUUAAAUGUAGAAAUUGUUCAUAUAGAUGUUGUUAUUGUGUUUAUUAUGUAUCUUAAAUUGUUUAUUAAAUGUUCUUAAAGUA